AUUUAAACUUGUAUAAAUAUUAGAAAUUGUGCAGUAAAAUGUACUACAGCUUUAGUAGAAAGUCAGUUUACUUUAUAAUAUGAAUUUUUCUAUAACAUUUAUAGCUUUUUGCCUAAUAUUCGGACAUAGCUAUCAACAAGAUUCUUCUGUAAUCAUUGAUAGUAAUGUUCCAAAUGUUGAAUAUGAACUUGCUGCCGUACAAGCCUAUUAUCAAUCCAUAUUAUUGUACCCAAAUGAAAGCAAGAAACAAUUAGCAGCAUUAGCUACUUUAUACAAUGACGCCUAUCCAACUGCCGAUGGAUGGAAAGUGGCUGAAGGAUGUACUGAAUUCUUUAAUCCUUCCACACAAUAUUUCAUUUUAAUGAACGUUACUAAAGGCACCCUCCCCACUAACAUUACUUAUACAGUUGUAAGAUUGUUUAAUUAAAACGUAUAAUAUAACAUUAUUCAAGAA